AUGCCUCCAAAGGCCAACCUCUCUGAGAAGAGUGACGACGACAAACUUCUCAUUGCCGUAUUCAGUCUUUUGGAUCCUCUUCCACCGAUCGACAACCAUAAACUAGGCGCACUUCUGGGAAUCAAGCCGGAACUGCUGCCCGCGAACAACAAAGCCGGGGAUGAUGUGAAAGUUGAACAGGCAACGGCGGCACUUGGUAAUUCAACUGGAGACAAAACAUCUGCUGAUGCUGCAGGUAUCGAACAGGCAGCCGCGGUACUCGAUAACAAAAAGAGGUGCAAAAGUGGAGGACGGAAGCGUGCAGCCGCGACGGAGGGACCAAAUGAGCCACCAGCUCAGCGCAAGAAAAUCGAUAAGCCGAUCGGCAUCUCUUUGAAUGCGUCUACUUCGAAACUGAGAACUGGCAAAGGAAGGAAGUCAAACAAAGACAAGAAACCAUUGGAAGGGCUGGGUGUGGUCAAGCAGGAAUAUGGCCGAUUUGAGAUUGGUAUGCAAUGA